AUGUCAGAAAUCACUAAUGGCGAUGAAAAUCUUUCCUCAGCAACAGUUGAUCUUGAUGAUACUGUUGAAGUGAAAAAAGUCAAUCGCCCUGAUCUUGUGGAGAUCAAUGAUGCAUUUGACGAUUUGGAUAUCAAUCCCGCGCUGAAAUCUAUUGCAGAGACAAAUGAACUUGCCAUCACCUGGCGAGAACUGCAAAAGAUCCUUGAUUCCUUGAUCAAAAAGCAACAUGAAAUCAUGGAGAAUAAUAUAAAAGAUGAGAAUGCCAAAAAAGAUGCAGAUGUUUUGGCUGCCAAGAUUAGCCAUAGUAUCAAUGAUCAUUCAAACUGCCCCUUCACAAUUCAGCGACUAUGCGAGCUUGUCAUUGAACCAAAAAAGUACUACAAAAUGUACAUCAAAUACUUGCGUGCAGUCGAAAAGGCUCUAUUAGUUACAUCAUACUGGGAAGACUAUGAUCAUUCAAACGACAAAGAUACAACCAUGCAAGAAACUACUGGUAGCGAGAAAUUACUACCCUUAUUCAACAAUUGCAUCGAGCUCGAGCCACAUAACUUUACGGCAAGCGAGCCCAUUGAACAAGACAAGAUCAACGAUGAAAAGAAAGACGACGAGACUGCAAAAGAAACAAAAGACCAAGAAGUGGUGACAGAUCGCAUUGAUACAGAGACCAAGGACGAAAUCAAAAAGACUCUCAAACGGGAGCCCAUUCAGGUGGAAGGUGGGUCUGAAAAGAAGGUCAAAAAUGAAGACAAACAACAGGGACAAAAAGAAAAUGACGUGGAGAACACUAUAGAGCAAGAGGAGGCCGUGGUUGAAAAAGUAGAAUUUAGCACUGCUCCCAACACACCUGCGGCCGAAGAAGAGAGCAAGAUGGAUCUGGACGAAUAG